AUUCGAUCGUCUCUUCGGGAUUACGAUAGACUCCAAGCUCUCGCGGUUAUCCUCGUCUACAUCCAAAUUGGGUGCGCUCUGGUUGGAUCUCUUGGGGCAUUAUAUAAUGGUGUGCUGAUGAUUAAUCUGGCGGUGGCGUUCUUUGCACUGGUGGCGAUGGACAGCAGCAGCCAGAGCCUUGGGCCGACCUACGCCGUACUUCUCUUCUUUGCAAUUUUGCUGGAUAUUGCGUGGUUCAUACUUUUCUCGCACACAUUACGGAAUAUUAUUCCUGAUGAGAAAUAUGAGCCACUCUUUGCAUUCUCGCUCAGACUUGCUUUGUCAAUGGAAAUUAUUGGCUUUUCAGUGACGUUUUUUUCCUCAAUCUUAUGGAUUCAGAUAAGAAUAAGACAUCUGCUGUCUUAA